GCUUUACCUUUGUGAAACUAAAAUGUCAGCCUCUAUGCCGGUUGCCACUGUGUUGUGAAUUGCGACGUGUUGCGGGCGUUGAUAAACUAGAACAGCAGCCGAACAAAAUGCCAAAAAAGAACGGAUUCUUUUACUUUAUGCUUGAGUACAAAAAUCGACACGAGGCGGCAGGGUAUGCAGUUAGUAAGCUGGACCAAAUAACACCGCUGGCGGGUAAAAUCUGGGAGAAAAUGGACGCUAAACAACGUGAACCAUACAUUCAAAAGGCAAAGUCUGCGCAAAAUGAGGGAGGUUUAGACAAAUUAAACUCUUUAGGAAUGGCAAUUUCCGAGGUUGAUAAAAAGUUGCGUUCUAAAGAGGAUCAUACGCAAAUGAUAAAAAGGCUCGUCGCCGAACGGGUGGCGAAUGCCGACUCCAGAAAGGAACUUGAUACGGAAGUGAUGUACAUCAUUUCAAUGGCGUACUUUGGGCGGACUAUUAAAGGUACGUACAUUCCGGCCGAGCUAGGCGUAGUUAAAUAUAGUCUAAGGUGUGGUGUAAUGGACCGGAUGCACCUGUACAUCAAUCCCGGAGAAAUUCCACUCGGAGCUGCACUAUCAACGCAACAGCACACGGCAGAAACACACAAACUGCCGUUACCACCAAACGCAUGGGGAUCAACGGACAUGAAUGAAGUCGCAGUGAAAUUGAUCAGCUUUCUGGCGGCCGAUGAUGAAAUUCCGCCGCUGUUCACGGAUGAGACAACUUUACCAAUAACGGAAAGUAUGCUCCAGGAGUUGCUGAGCGGUCGGAUUGAGGGAAAGACGCUGUACGUUUGCCCCCUGUCGGAGCUGUUCUUCUACUUAAAACAAGCGACGGAACGGCACGUUAUGGAAACGCCGACCUUUCCGUCUGCCCGAAUGGCGCAGCAUAUACUGAUGAUGGAUUGUUACGGUUUCACAGUAGGUAUCAGCUGCGACUAUCAUGACACGGAGCGCAAUCCAAUUAACUGUGCCCUGUCCCAAGCUACACGUUGGGCGUACACAAUUUCUAAACACUGCUGCCUACAUAUGGGUAUCGAAUGUGUCCAGGGUAAGCAUAUCCCUUGUGAUCGUUCUGCUGACGAUGACGGUGUAAAGCCAGCUACAAGUGGUUCUUAUAUGCUUUCGAAGCUAAAGAGAUUAGAUGACUCUCAUGCCGGUGCCAGAUCAGCAAUCCAGAAACCGAUUGCAAAUUCGUCCAACAGCAAGGGAACGUUAUCGGGAUCUUUGGAUAAACCGACAUCCACGCCGCAUAUUCCUUAUGUCGACAUCAACCUAAAUACUUACCAAUUCCCCGAACCAGACCAAAGCCAGGACGAUGCAUUUCCCUCAUUGCUCCAGUCCAUGGGACGCGGACAUUCACAACGUCGCGGUGGUAAUUUAUCGCGAGGUGGACGCGGUGCACGAGGUCGCGCAUUCAAUUUACAACAACGCGGAAAUUAAGACAGACGAUGAACAUUCUUUAUUUCUUUUUUUUUAACUAUUAACUUCACAAAAUGUGCUUCAUAUCUUGACGCAAAAGUGAUACAGUAGUGUAUUGUUACAGCACGUGUAAAACAACUUUUUGACCGUGGUUGUGAUUUUGAUCACAUCUUUACAUACUAUUUACGAUCCUAUCAGUCGGUUUAAGACAAUUUAUAUUUCACAAAGCGCUCGUUUGAAUUAAAAUACAGAAUGAUUUUCCCUUAACGUUAAACCUCAGUCGUCUUCGUAAGUACAUAUUGGUAUACGGUAUCAUAUUCACAGAAAUACGUCUGGGCGGGUCUUUGCCAUUUUUCUGUUUGCAUUCUGUUGUAAUGGCGUACAGGCACAUAACAGAUAUGUUCUACUCUUAAUCACGUUUUUUUUGUGUAACGCAUUCCGUGCCAUUUUGUUGACGCAAAAGAGCAAUGAUAUACUGUCACUAAAAUAAGAAUUGUGCCUUAUCUUAAGUGUUUUGAUCACAAGAAAACGAUCAAAGAGAUAAUGAAUUUAUCGUUUGUAGGAGGAAAAAACGAUGUGCUUCUAUUAUUAUUUUCUUUUGAAUUUAAUUUCGUUAAAACCAUUACCAAAACGAAUUGCAAUACACUAGCUAUCGAAUUAUAAAAUCCUUGUCUCCCAAAGAGCUCAAGGAGCUGUACUGAAGAGCGUCCUCUAGCGAGUGCUAGUGAAAACACAAAUUAUAGCUGUGCUAUAACAUUUAAAUUUACCGUUAUUUUACUACCGUGCUCAUGCGACAGAAGAAGUUAAAU